GCAGUGCGAGCGGAGGAGGUUUGUCCCUCGCGGGCCGCCGUGUGCCGGGUGCGCUUCGCUGCCGCGCUCGCCGCUUGCUCGUCUCGUCUCGUCCGCCGCCCGGCCCGGCCCGGCCGCUGCCCGCCAUGAGCGACAAGGGCGAGCUGGACCUCACCGGCGCCAAGCAGAACACGGGCAUGUGGCUGGUGAAGGUCCCCAAAUACCUGUCACAACAGUGGAGUAAAGCUUCAGGAAGAGGUGAAGUGGGAAAACUAAGGAUUGUCAAAAAUCAAGGAAGAACGGAAGUGUCAUUUACUUUGAAUGAAGAGCUUGCAAGCAUCAAUGAUAUCGGAGGAAAGCCGGCUUCAGUCAGUGCACCAAGGGAACAUCCAUUUCUUCUGCAAAGUGUGGGAGGACAGACCUUAACAGUGUUCACAGAAACUUCAGUAGAAAACCAAUCAGAAGAAAAAUCAGAAAGUGGCAGUGCUGAUAAACUUGCCUUGGAAGGAAUAGUGGUGCAACGUGCUGAAUGCAGACCUGCAGCUAGUGAAAAUUAUAUGAAGCUGAAAAGAUUACAGAUAGAAGAAUCUUCUAAACCUGUAAGGUUAUCACAGCAGCUGGACAAAGCAGUAACCACAAACUAUAAACCAGUGGCUAAUCAUCAGUAUAAUAUUGAAUAUGAGAAGAAGAAGAAAGAAGAUGGAAAACGAGCUCGAGCUGAUAAACAACAAGUGUUGGACAUGCUUUUUUCAGCCUUUGAGAAACAUCAGUAUUACAACAUUAAAGACCUGGUGGACAUAACCAAACAGCCAGUGAUAUACUUGAAAGAAAUUUUGAGAGAAAUAGGCAUCUACAAUGUGAAGGGGACUCACAAAAACACAUGGGAGCUGAAGCCGGAAUACAGACAUUACCAAGGAGAAGAAAAGAGUGAUUAACAAAAACAUUUAUGGUGUAAGAGUGAUUGCACUGGGGAACUGUGGUGUUUAGAGAGAGGACUGAGCACAGUGCAAUUCCGCAAGGAUGAAGAUAAAUUAAAGCAGCUGAUACUUUGUAAUUUUCUGUAGGUAUUUUCCCCAAGGAAUAUUUCUUGUAUGUUUCUAUAUAUGCUUUGUCUUUUGACAGGAAAAGUUUAUAGAAUAAACUUGUAUUAGAUUUAUCUUUAUUAGAAAUCUUUUGAGUUCUCCUCUUACUUUUUCUUGGUAGCUUUGUGGCUUUUCCAGGCCUCAGUAACUUUGAUGGAAAAUGUGUCUUAGAGGAACCCAUGAUUCUGUGGGUUUGCAUUGCAGUGUAACCAAGUUAAUACCCUCGGUUCGGCUGGGAUAUGUCAGGGCUUUGUCUUGAAGCCUACAAAUGUGCACAACCCUUUGUGCAGUGUUUGUGUGGAAUGGACAUGAUGCUCCUCUUGGUAUCAGGCUUUAGGAAAAAACAGCCACAACCAUGGUGCUCAUCACAAUCCUUAAACUCCCUGGGAACAAACCAAUGCAGUUUAAAUCCCAUAAAGUCAGUGGGAACACGUCAGUCCCUGUGAUUACUGAGAAAAAAAUGAAAUGUCUGUUAGUUACAGCAAGGACUAGUUUUAUCUUUUGUUUGGUUUUUAUACAAAUACCUAUGUUCUGUUUAAGCAUAUCAAUAAAAGCAUUAUUUUAAUUUAUACCACACAA